AUGAGGGUUCUGACUAUAUUCGCCGUUCUUUCGAGUGUGUCAUGGGCCAAAUAUGCAGUCAAAACCGGUUUGGAUGUUUUAUUCGAAAGCAAUUACACACAGCUAGCUGGCAGAAAAGUCAUCGUACUCACUAAUCCAACGGGUGUGACUCCGGACUUAAAUCUUGGGGUUGACGUUAUGUUCAAUUCUGGCGCCGUUGACCUCGUUGGUGUCAUGGGUCCUGAGCAUGGGUUCAGGGGCACAGCCCAAGCUGGGGGUUCAGAAGGGACGUUUAUUGAUCCAGAAACUGGAUUAACAGUUUAUGAUGCGUAUAAUGUCAACACGAGCACACUUGUUGGCUAUAUCAAGGAAUCUGGAGCGGAUACCGUACUAUUUGAUAUACAAGAUGUAGGAGCUCGGUUUUAUACGUAUACUUGGGCCAUGUAUGACACUAUGGUGGCUGCAGCCAUUACAAAUGCUAGCUUUGUGGUCAUAGACCGCCCAAAUCCUAUCACAGGAUUGAAUGCAUUCGGCCCGGUACUCAAUGAGAGCUAUGCAUCUUAUGUGGGACGGCGUCCUAUUGCACAAGCUCAUGGCAUGACAACGGGUGAACUGGCAUCAAUGUUUGUUGGAGAGAAGUGGAUUCAAGAAACUGCAAACGGUUCGGACCUGAACUUAGAGGUCAUUCAAAUGAAAGGGUGGAAGCGAUCGAUGACAUGGGAAGACACUCAUCUUCCGUGGGUCAUGCCAAGUCCAAACAUGCCCACUCCGGACACAGCUUUGAUCUACGCAGGUGCCUGCAUGUUCGAGGGGACCAGCAUUUCCGAGGGGCGUGGAACUACUCGGCCCUUUGAGUUACUCGGGGGCUCCUUCACGAAUGACUCAUGGGCCGACGAAAUGCGAGCACUGAAUAUCCCGCACACGAACUUUCGUUCUGCUUGUUUCAGCCCGACAACAUCAAAGUUUCAGUCGCAGACCGUCUGUGGACUUGAAACUUACGUUUUUCUCGAUUCUAUCGGCGACUAUGAGGAAUUUGAUCCAGUCUUCCUUGGAGUAUCAUUGCUCUGGAGCGCCAAACAUCUCUACACUGUCGGCAGUAACGACACAGGCUUCGGAAACACGACACAAAGUUUCCACUGGCUAUUUGCUUCCAAAACGAGCUUGUACGAUGUGGAUGUGUUGACUGGUGGCUCUUUGAUUCGGGAAGGCAUUGAGGCUGGACUUUCUCCGGAUGAAAUCCGGACACAGUGGGAGGCUGACUUACAGGCUUUCAAGAAGAAGCGAGAAACGUAUCUUCUAUAUUGA